GAGAGAGAAAACAGGGUCGUCGUCGCCAUGGACGAGGAGGGCCAGAUGGGCGAAGUGCUCAAGGAAGUCUUCCCCCUCCUCACGGGGAGGGAUCUUGCGGCGUGCAUUUGCGUGUGCCGGCAGUGGCGAGACGUGGGCAGGGACGAUUUCCUCUGGCGACGCCUCUGCGCUAGCCGCUGGCCAUCGAUCUGCCUCAAUUCCAGCAAUUCCCACCAGCGAUCCACAAUCGGAUCAUCCACAAUUGGGGCAAUUCGCGGCUACCGCAAUCUCUUCUCCACAAUCGCGAGGAGCAAGAGGAACCGGGCACUCCCGGCGCCCAAGCUGUGUUUCAGGGACCUGGAGUUCUACGUCGACGUGUGGGUAGGGCGGAAGUCCGUAUACUCGGCCAUUGUGGCUGGGCCGGUCGUACAGUCGCGGAUCAAGGACCCGCCAGAGGGAAUCUGCGACAGCAUGCGACAGCAUCUUCUCAGCAGCGAGUACAAGAUGAGCGUCCCAGUGCUGCCCUAUUUCCAGUUUAGCCCUAGCAGCGAUGUCAGCGACAGCGACGAUGGCGUUUGUAGCAUGUCCAUGCUCGUGAGGCGCAAGGACAGUGAUCAGAUCGCUACCAUCAUCGACGGCUCGCGGUUCACGUACGUGGACGGCCUGGAGAAGCGCGCGCACGCCUACGACUACCUCCACAUCUCGCCGCUGUACCCGUUCCUCUCGGAGAUUAGGGCUUGGGUGGCGCUGCUACUUGUGGAGAGGCCGCCAAAUACGAUGGCCGAGGUGUUUGGGAUCGAGCUGGAUUUCCUUGACACGGCUAGCUCCGACGAUGAGGUCCUCUUGCUCCUCGACAUCCUCGACUGGAAGUAAAAGUUAAACUGCAAUGUCGUACUCCCAGUAAAUGUAAAUUAUAAUGUACGGCUAUCAAUUCUCUUACAAGUUUAAAAUGA